AUGCAGGAAGCUGACUACGUUGAGUAUGAACUGUUAUCGCAACAGAAUAAUGCCGCUCUGGCUCUGGGCAACGGGCGGAACUGGAAGUCCUCUUUGCGUCUCCAUCUACCCUUAACCAUCUCCCAACGGCAUACUUCCUUGAUUCGUCGCAAUUCACAGAGCCAAGCACGGCAGCAUGCCUUCUGUAGGUACAUCAAUCUCGGCGCGGCGAAAGUCGCCAACGGAGUAGACGUUAUCCAACCUGUCUACAAGUACCAGCCCGUGAAAAACGCUGACGAAUUUCGCCUGCUCAGACUCGAGCCAGGCCGCGGCUCGGACCCUAUACGCUGCCGCCUUGAGAAUGUGUCUCUCCGGUCCAAGCCCAAAUAUGAAGCUCUCUCGUACACAUGGGGCGAUCCGCAAAAUACCAAGGCGAUCCUCUGUGGUGAUGGGAGAGUCGACGUUACCAUCAGCCUUUUUACGGCACUGGAGCGACUGCGAUACCCGCAUGCUGAACGGGACAUCUAUUCGCAGGCCGAGAGGGUGCUGAUAUGGUUGGGAAAAGGUUUCGCCGAGACGGGAGAGGCUUUCCUUGCCCUGGAGAAGCUGGAUGCAUAUUUUCGAAGAAACUUAGAGCACUAUAGUCCCAAUCACGAGGUGUAUGUCAAGUGGUUGAUAUCGGUGGGCAAUGGCGAUGUACCGUAUCAGCUUCUCACCAGGGAUCAAGCCGCAGAGCUUCGGAACUUUGAGUGGGACAGUAUUGGAGAGCUACUGCAUCUCCCAUGGUUUACGAGAGUAUGGACCUUGCAAGAGUAUGUCCGAGGUCGCGAAGCCGUGAUGCUAUGUGGUGAGCAGAGUGUCCUCUUUGAGUGUGCCUCUAAGCCUAUUACAGAAUUAUGGCUCCAAUUCAUUUCUCUGGGAAGAUUUGGAGAGAUUGGACUAACCAACAAUUUCCCGUUGGAAUCUGUUUGGUCUAUCCGGCAGAUGACUGAGUUGCACUCCGACAGGUUCAGCAGGAAGGCGGAUAUCAUCAGCCUGGCGGAGAAACACAAUGCUAGGGCAUGCAAGGACCCAAGAGACAAGCUCUUUGGGCUGUUGGGCUUAGCAAAAGAUGUGUCCAGGACCGAUUGGGAGAUCCAGCCUAGAUAUGAUAUUCCAGUGGAAGAAGUGUAUAAACGAUUUGCGGUUUGGUGCAUCAAAAAGAGAAAUAGUUUAGAAAUUUUUUCCAGCCGCAAAGACUACAAGGUCAGGUCAAACCUGAGACUGCCCUCUUGGGUGCCUGACUGGAGUGAAGAAGGAGGGAAGGGAGACAUGGACAUUCCCCUGUUAAAAUCCAAGGCGUCAGGAAAUUCCUCUUCUCGUGUAACGAUUUCAAUUCAUGAUGAUAACGUUCUCCUUGUUGAUGGCGUCCUAGUGGAUAAGGUCAAACGACUGGCAACCUCGUACCAUCAAAUGAGUCUGUGGGACGACUUUCGGGACAUGGCAGCUGAACUUCAGCACGGUGUGAAUUCUCAAACCAGGCAGCAGAUGUUACGAUUUUGGCGCGAUGAAGAUCUGGUUGCGGAGUACAUUGAUGGCCUUUUGGAGGCGCAGAUGGCUGUGCAAAGAUACUGUAAACCCAGCGCAUCCCCCCACGCCUUACGGCACAUCGCUUGGUUCGAGAUGUGCAGAGAUAUUGCAUCCGAAGGUAUGGGACAGAUGUCAUCGGAGCGGUAUGAGAAGUUCUGGAGGACCAUGAUUAGCAACCAUACAAUCAUAGAAUACCCAGCGCCGAGCAGCUUCCGUCUAAUCUUCGAGCAGUACUUGAAACAACUGGAGGACCUGCAGGAUGGAAGACGUAAAUCUUCAGCGCCCACCGAAACGGCUCACUUGCCGAGUUCCACUCUGGCACCAUAUAUUCCAGCAUCAUACACGGACGAAGAGCACGACAGAUGGCGCAUAAUGAGGACCCUCAUUGCCCGAACGCGGCGCAAAAGGUUCUGCUCCACUGAUAAUGGCAGGCUGGGAUGGACGCCCGACCCGGCCCAGGAGGGCGAUCUGAUUUGCAUAUUUUACGGCGCAAAAGUGCCGCAUGUGCUACGGCCCUGUGGUGAUGGCAGGUACAGGCUGCUAGGAGGUGCAUAUCUCCACGGCAUGAUGGAUGGAGAAGCAAUGCAGAUGAAAGAUCUGAAGGUGAAAGAGUUUGCUUUGUGCUAA